UUUGGAGUGGAGGCAACACAAUUGGUAAUCUUAGUUGCACUUACAUUAACUACUUGCCUAAAGUGCCUAAAGGUGUAUAGGGAACAUUGCACCAAAUGAGAGAUUAAUGCUGGAUGAAGGCUUUCUCUUCCUCUAUUCACCACCAGAACAGGUUAAGUUAAAUCCAUCUCUUGCAGAUGCUUGGUUAAGCUUGGGUAAUUGCAUUUGGAAGAAAGGAGAUCUUCCAUCUGCAAAAAACUGCUUUUCUUUAUCACUAAGCAAGGGGCCUAACAAGAAAAUUCUUUGCCAGCUUUCAAUGCUCGAAAGAAGUAUGGCUCAAGGUACAGAAAAUAAAGCUGCUUCAAUUGAAGAAAGCAUAACACACGCGAGAGAAGCUGUACAAUUGGAUAUCAGGGAUGGAAAUUCUUGGUACAACCUUGGAAAUGCAUGUCUUACAAGUUUUUUCGUGACCGGUACAUGGGACCAUGCAAAGUUACAACAGGCAUUGAAAGCUUAUCAAAAUGCUGAGAAGGAUGCACUGAUGCACUCUAAUCCUGACCUUUAUUUCAAUUGUGCUUCUGCAAAUAAGUAUCUCGAAAACUAUGAAAGGGCCCUCCAUGGGUUUGAAGCUGCCUCUUUAAGGGAUCCUGGCCUCAAUGCUGAAAGUGAAGCUCAAAAGAUAGUUAGCCUUCUGGAAAAAAUAGAGAGUUCUAUGAAGGUGAUGACUAGAGCUAAACGAUUAGCAUCACUAGUAUCAAGCUUAGAUGAAAUUAGUUUGAAAUCAUCACACAGAAAAGUUAGCAUUAAUACUUUAAAGGAGGGGCUCAACAAAGCGGUUGCAGUAAUUGGGAAAAUACUACUCUUCAUCAAGCAUGAGGAUAUUGCCCCAUUGUACUAUAUAAUGUGCGAGUCAGAUCAAACUUGUUCUGUCCUGUCAGUAUAUGGACUUCAUAGUGAUGCUAUUAAAGAAGGAGAUCGAGUAACACUGCCAGAGCCACAUUACCGAGUGAUGGAUUUUUCAUGGAAAGCAUUAUCAUUUCCAAUCUAUUCGCGUUGAUUUUGUGGAGCAAAUCCUUGUUAACGAUAAGACACCAGCUUCUCAUCAUGUCAUGCGGGCUAGCAUACAGGCACAUCAUAAAGCUUGAUAACUUAUUGAUACUACAUCCCACUGCAAAUUCUUGCUCACCGAGCAUGGCUUGUAACUUGUGUAAAAUUUGCAGCCUAUAAUUUUUUUCUCUUGUCCAAAGUGGAUAUCUUAAUAUUAACACCAUAGAGGAUGAAGCCAGGAUUUUCUUGGUUUUUUUCCAAAAAAAAAAAGAAAGAAAGAUAGAAUGGCAAGCUAGAUUCU